AUGCUGAGAACAACGAAGGCCUGUGGGAAAUUGAGGCCUCUGAGCUCCUCUGUUAAUCGAGGAGUCGUAGCUAGUUUAGCUGCCAAAAGAUUCAUAAGCGACAAGCCGACCGAGACUUUUACCAAACUAUCUGAUGAGAACGAUCCUCAAAGAAAUGCAUUCUUCAAGUAUUCAUGGGGAUCAUGGUUGAAAAAUGACAAGCUCGAAAAAGAGAGGAGAACAACCAGUUUCUCGAUUGAAGGUUUGACUGAUGUCUUGAACGACCUCUAUAGCCAAUCGAAAGAAUUGGCGAAAACCGAGAAAGAAGGUCAGAUAAAACCUCCUAGCUACAAUGCUAAUUUGACUGUGUCCUUGCCUCAUAACAGCACCACGAAGAAUGUAGGGACCAUCGAUCCCAAUGACAAAGUUAGAAUCACAAGUAUGGCUAGCAUCCAUGAGGGUAAGCAUCAUCGGAUCUACAAGGUCGAGACUAACCUUGGUAAGGCAUUUGUGCUCAGAAUUCCAUACGCGUUGGACAGCGAGAAUUCCAUUGCUUUUAGGCUCAAAAGCGAGGUCGCAACUCUUGAUUUUGCUGAUCUGAAAUUGGGAAUUAAAGUACCAAAGGUGUUUUGUUACGGUAUCAACUCUUUGAACCCUGUUCGACAGCCGUUUAUUCUGCAGGAGUAUAUUGAUGGCCACCUCUUGAUGAGAGAUUGGAACCCGCUUGCUGAAAACUCUGAAAGCGACGAACCAGAUCCUGCUCUUAAGAAUGUCAUCGAAAAAAUUGCCGACUUUCAGAAAAAACUGCUUUCUAUAGAAUUCAACGAGUUCGGUUCUCUAUAUUUUGCCAAGGAUUAUGCCGAGUCUGAGCGGCCAGCUUAUGAGGGAGAGGCGAAUCCUGAUCUGCAAAACAGAUGGAGAAUUGGUCCUACGGCAGAGCGCUGCUUUUGGAGAUACAAAUCUGCUCUUAACUUCAAUGAGCAGCGCAAGUUUCUCGGGCCCUGGUCUAUAAAUAGGCCGAUGGACAUUAUUAAAGACACUGGUUUAAUCGAAACUGAGAAUGCCAAAGCAAGGCUAGCUUUGAAGCAAGCUCAAGCAUCUCCUGAAGCAGUAGAGGAAAGCAUACUGAAGGAGCAAGCCGAUACUUUCACCAACUUGUCCAAAGUGGGUCCUCAUUUAUUCAAUAGCCAACUCACAGCUAUUCCAAACCUUGGCGACCUUCUGAAACCUAGAUUGCAUCACCCAGACCUAGACCCUUUGAACGUUAUUAUAGCCGCUGGUGAAGAGAAGACACCCUAUCUUUUAGAUUUCGAAGGCUCCUCUAUCAAGCCAUUCAUCAUCCAGAACGCCCCGCAAUUUGUAGCUUAUGAUGGCUUGAAGGUUUACAACUUGAAAGAAGACGUUCCAGACUACGAGAAGCUAUCCGAGCCGGAAAAGGCGCAAUACGACUUCAUGUUCAAGAGGACCCGCAAUCAGUACUUAUGGGAGGCUGCCUUGAACAGCGGCGUACCUAAAUUGAUUUCCGCCGUUGCGCCGCCUGUGAAGUUGCUCAGGAGCCCAUAUAUUGCGGCUGUUGAGAGAAAAGUUGACGAAGAAUAUCUGCUGAUCGAUGAAGCUUUGAUUCAGCUGCAGGAAGUAUGGGAAGUACUUGCCAAAAACGGUCUUGUCAGUAGUGGCAAAUACCCUAUUCACUUCACAAAGGAGCAAAUUGAGAAGCACGCUAAGCAGUUGACUGCAUUCCAUGAGAGGCUUGUUGCAACUCCUUUCGCUGCUACGCGCGGUUGGGUCCCACAGGAUAUGUUUGACAACCUGGCGAAAUCUGGGAUCCUGAUCAAGGAUGAAAAUGGAGAUCACUACAUCAAACAGCAGGGGACUGUCUGA